UGCAUUGUGGGAUGUUAGCGUACCGUGUGCAAGAGGCGGCAAAAAUCAGCAUGGCAGACGACGAAGGAAAGGCGUACAAGGCAGAAUAUGCCAAAAGUAACCGGGCCUCGUGCAAACUAUGCAAGGGAAACAUCACAAAAGACUCCCUUAGGCUUGCCAGAAUGGUGCAGUCCCCUCAUUUUGAUGGGAAGGUUCCCAACUGGUUCCAUUACUCCUGCUUCUUCAAGAAAUGCAAGCCAAGCUCUACUGUGGAGUUCAGUGGGGUGACGGGCCUGCGAUGGGAUGACCAGGAAAAGCUUAAGAAAACCAUUGGAGGAGAAGGGUCAUCAGCAGGGGCUGAUGCAGGAGGAGAUGAGGUAGAUGCACCAGGAGUCCAGGUGUUCAGUGUGGAGUAUGCCAAGUCUAACAGAAGUGCCUGCAGGGGGUGCUCUGAAAAGAUAGACAAGGGCCUGGUCAGGAUCUCCAAAAAGGUUGAUGAGGGAGACCAGUGGGGGCCCAAGGACCUGUGGCACCAUGUGGACUGUUUUGUGGAAAAAAGGGAGGAGUUGGGCUUUACCACAGACAUGGCUCCCUCUGUCAUCCAGGGCUACAAGAAACUCAGCAAGGAUGACCAAGACAUACUGGUCAAGAAACUGGGAUCAGGAACUACAGGUAAGCGGAAGGCUAAAGGUAGUAAUGGAGCAGCUGCCAAAAAAGUCAAAGCAGAGGAAACAGAGGAAGAAAAGAAACUGAAGGAGCAGAGUAAGCUGGUGUGGAAGAUCCGUGAUGAGCUGUCCAAGUCUAUGGAAAACAGCGACCUGAAAGAGCUGCUGUUAGCUAACGAUCAAGACAUUCCUAGUGGGGAGAGUGCUCUACUGGACAGGCUGAGUGAUGGCAUGGCAUUUGGAGCCCUGCAGCGCUGUCCCGAGUGCAAACAUGGGCAGCUGUUCUACAGAAGUGACGGGUACCACUGUUCAGGCAACCUUACUGAGUGGACCAAGUGUAUCUACACUACACGGGAACCCAAGAGGAAGAAAUGGAUUAUCCCUGAUGAUCUCAAGGAGGAGGUUCCCUUUCUGAAGAAGUUCAAGUCCAAGGUUGCUGCUCGUGUGUUCUCAGCUGCUCACGUUGCUGCUGCAUCUGAAUCCACAGAUAGCUUCAGUUCUUCCUCCAGAGCUGAUGAAAAGAAGCCUUUGCACCAUGUCAAGGUUGUUUUGGGUAAAACAACAAAGUCCAAGGCAGAGAUGACCAAGGCGAUAGAGAAACUAGGAGGGACUGUAGCGAGCAAGGUGGACAGUACUGUAGCCUGUGUCAUCAGCUCCAAAGAGGAUGUGCAAAAGAUGAGUAAGAAGAUUAAGGAUGCCAAAGCUGCUGAUGUCCAUGUUGUCUCUGAGGACUUUGUAACAGAUGUGGAGAAGGGAGGGGCUGCCUUACUCAUCAUGCAGAAGAGUAUUGCAUCCUGGGGGUCUGAUCCCCACUCCAGAAUUGCCACAGUCGAAGAGAAACCAUCAAAGAGUAAGAGCAAGAGUAAAUAUGAGGAAAUGGAGUCUGGCACCAAGAAACUGAAGAUGAUGGUGAAGGGUGGGGCAGCUGUAGACCCUGACUCAGGAAUUGAACAUUCUGCUCAUGUUCUUGAGGACAAGGGAAAGGUAUACAAUGCUGUUCUUGGUCUAGUAGACUUGGUAAGAGGUACAAACUCUUACUACAAGCUACAAGUCUUGGAGGCUGACAAAGGCAAUAGGUGGUACGUGUUCCGGGCAUGGGGACGGGUAGGCACCACUGUGGGUGGGAACAAGCUGGAGACCUUCCACUCCAGACAGGGGGCCCUGGAGCAGUUCCUCAACCUCUAUGAGGAGAAAACAGGAAACGAAUUUGGGACCAAGAACUUUGUGAAGUACCCAAAACGAUUUUACCCAUUAGACAUUGACUAUGGACAGGAGGAAGAGGAUCUGCAGAAGCUGAAGAUCAAACCAGGCUCCAAGUCUACUCUGGCUCGUGAGGUUCAGGAAAUCAUACAGAUGAUCUUUGACAUUGAGAGCAUGAAGAAGGCCAUGGUGGAGUUUGAGAUCGACCUGAAGAAGAUGCCAUUAGGCAAGCUGUCACGGAAACAGAUUGAGAGUGCCUAUAGCGUGCUGACAGAACUGAAUGGGAUCCUGACCGGUGAGAGGAGUGCCACGAGAAUCCUUGAUGCCUCCAACCGAUUCUACACUCUCAUUCCACAUGACUUUGGCAUGAAGAAACCCCCCAUGUUGGAUAAUGAGGAAGUCAUCAAGGCCAAAACUACCAUGCUGGACAACCUGCUGGAGAUAGAAGUGGCCUACAACCUACUGAAGAGUGGAGACGAUGGGGAGGGCAAGGACCCCAUCGAUGCUCACUAUGAGAAACUCAAGUGCAAGAUGGAGGUUGUAGAGAAGGCCUCAGAUGAGUUUGCCAUGGUACAGGAGUACGUGAAGAACACUCAUGCCAAAACGCACAGCCAUUACACCCUGGAAGUAGAAGAGUUGUUCAAGAUUGCCAGGGAGGGAGAGGCAUCCCGAUACAGGCCCUUCCAGCAGCUCCACAACAGACAGCUCCUCUGGCACGGGUCACGAGUCACCAACUAUGCUGGCAUCCUUUCUCAGGGGCUCAGGAUUGCACCCCCAGAGGCCCCCGUGACUGGCUACAUGUUUGGGAAGGGCCUGUACUUUGCCGACAUGGUGUCCAAGAGUGCUAACUACUGUGCUACGUCCACGGCAAGUCCCACAGGACUGCUGCUGCUCUGUGAGGUGGCGCUGGGAAACAUGUAUGAGAGAAAACAUGCAGAGUAUGUCUCCAAACUUCCCAAAGGCAUGCACAGCACCAAAGGACUGGGAGCUACUGGCCCAGACCCUGGGGCUACAAAGACACUGCCCAAUGGUACUCAGGUUCCCAUUGGUCAUGGUGUUCCCAGUGGUGUAUCUGGAUCCAGUCUGCUGUACAAUGAGUAUAUUGUGUACGACGUGGCCCAGGUGGAAAUGAAGUACCUGAUCAGGAUGAAGUUCAACUAUAAGAGUCUCUGGUGAAGAGUGUGUUUUCUCUGAGAACAGGAGGAAUAUUGUACCACCAUGGCUUGGUUUAGUCACAAAGGGGUUUGAAAUCAUUGUGGAAGCCAUUGUUAAGCUAAUGCUGACGUUUACUAAAACUAUCUCAUUGCUACUUAUCAUAACAGUUAGCAACUAAUGAUCAUGUACAAGCCGGAUGCUUGUAAUUUGACUGACCAUACUAUUGUCAACUUUAAGGCUGAGAAUCAUGCUUAUGGAAGUGUUACCGCUGCUAUGUAAACUCUAAGGAGCAAGUUUUCAUCAACCUUUAAUUCACUAAAUAAAAAAGAUCCUGUUUUGGAAGGCAACUGUUCAAACUAUACCAGUAGCUUAGUCAUGACUCAUGACUUAAAGAGGAUAGAUGGUAAGACAAAGUGAAGUAUUUUUUUCUUGCCUUUUAUUAUUUUCAAAACAUUGAAGGCACUCUUGGGACAAGCCUUGAAGGAAGGAGAUGUCAGCAUGGAUCUUAGAAGGCUCUGGUUCAGUUCCUUGACACCAAUACGACUUGGCUUGAAAGUGGAAAUGCUCUGAGUAUGUUUCAAAACUUAAGUUCCCCGUAGUUGUAGUAGAACAUUUCUGUUGUUGUCAGUACUUGUGUUUACUAGUAUUUUGUUUAUUAGCUUUAUCCUAACAUUUUUAUAUUUCCUGAGAUGAAGAUGAGAUAAUCUAUAUCACAGACUGAAAAGCAGAUGAGCAGUAAGUACCAAAGUUGUAUUUACUUACAAACUGUACCAUUAGAGAUGUACGGUAGUAAGAUUUACUAAAUUGCAGAGCAGCAAUAUGAUGUGUAGUUCAUCUUAAGUGAAAAGAUGGUUGACCUUUACUGGCAUAAAGCACACCUUAACCUCUCAGAAAGGACGGUAGUCAAUAAAAAUGUCUACCCCCAAA